CAAGACAAGGAUCAUCAUUCAUCAGCUGGGUUUAUUUACCUCGCCCAGCUGAUCUGACAAGAGGAAAAAGAUAAAGUAUUACGCCAUUAUAAAGCAGAGAGUGGGAAUAGUAAUUAGAGGAGGACCAAGAGGAGGACACACUAAGUCAUACAAAGCGAUACAGGUCAAAAGAAGGAGAAGAAGAAGGGAAGGAAAAGAAGAAGAAGGGUGUCCAUUCUCCAUCAUGGGUCAUAUUUUCUCCAAGAAGCAGCAGAGCAAGGUCACCGAGCAGGACAAGGCCGUGCUGCAACUCAAGACAACUCGUGACAAGAUUCGCCAGUACCAAAAGAGAUCAGAAGGGAAACUUGAGAAGGAUCGACAGUUGGCAAAGCAGCUGCUGCGAGAUGGAAAGAAAGAGCGAGCAAAACUUUUACUACGAAAAAAAAGAUUUAUUGAAGAACAACUUAAAAAGACUGAUGGAACGCUGGAAAAUAUUGAAAGGAUGAUUGAAGAUAUUGAGUUUGCUCAAAUUCAGAUGAAGGUGACUGACAGCCUCAAGGUCGGUAAUGAGUCAUUGAAGCAAAUUAAUGCAAUGCUUGAUAUUGAAGACAUUGAACGCAUCCUUGACGAAACAAAAGAAGCAGCUGAAAAACAAGAGGAGAUCAGUGCUCUGCUGAGUGGAGGAAUCCUGACGGAGGAGGAUGAGACAGCGGUGGAGGAGGAGCUGGAUGCCCUCAUUGCUGCAGCCGUCCAGAAGCAGCUGCCGGAUGCUCCCACGGCUGCUGAGAAUCCUGAAGUGGAGCUUCCUGAUGUGCCUGAAACUCUUCCAGAACCACAAAAGGAAAAGGAAAGCAAGAGAGAGAAGGUUGCCUUGGCUGCAUCCUAAUGGUUGAUCCAGAGACUGGCAGUUGACAUCCUUAAGAAGGUCCAUUCUGGUGUAGCUUGAGGUUAUACCUGCAUUGUGACAGAGCUGGAGUUGGUGUUGAAGGCAUUAUAAGUGUUUUGAAGUCAGUAAUGUGGUGUAAUUAAGUGAUGUUUCUAUAUUAUCUAAAAAUUCUGUUUGUGAUUGGGACUAAAAAACUUUUGUAUAACAAUAAUUGCAAUUUGUUGAUAUGCAUAAUAUGUAAAGAGUCUACUUAAUGGUUCUUUAAUACAGAGAUUGCAUUUCAAUUAUAGUUUCUUAAAAUGCAGCAAUGUUGUUGUUGAUGAAUGUGAAUAAUAAAUUACUGGUGUAUAAUUACCGGCCUCACUAAACUAAUUUAUAUUUGUACGUCAGUGUUAUUCAGCAAUGUGAACUCCACUUGAGGGUGAGGCAGGAGCUCAUUGAGGUGCCUCGUGACUGUGGGCUUAUUCGUGCAGUCUUCAUUCCAGCCAAGUCUGGCAGGAUAUGCCAUUAUAGUGUCUAUGUGUAUUUAAAACUGAUUUUACUUAAUUUGCCAUAUUGAGCAAUUAUGAAUGGGUAGAGUUGCUACAGUGUGCUAUAGAGAUCUCAGUGCUAGAAUAUGAUUUAUACAUAUAUGAAAACUCAAUAAGAAACAUUUUUUGGUAGCCAUUAAAAAAUAAGAAUCACCUGAAAGGUUUUGAACUAUUUUUAUACAAGUGAGAGUAUUUUCAAUGAUUGUAGAGUGUUAAGGGAUUUGAUCUAAGCAUUAUGUGUUGGAAUAUGCUUCUACACAGCUGUCUGUCUAGUCCUCUUUAAGCCGUUGUGUUGGGAAACAUGUGAAUGAUGAUCUAAGUGGUGCAUGGAUGUCUCGUCUUCAACAUUGUAGAGUAGCCUUCAGUCAACGUUUAGGAUCUUCAUCAGUCACAUCAGCAUACAGUUCCGUCAGCAAGAUUUUGUGUCAGCUCAUGGCCGGCGACUGAUGCAAUUUUAGUUAAGGAAGAUAUGAUUUCAGCCAUUGCCUUGACGUACAUGGUAAAAGUAUGUUAAGUUUGUUUGCAGUUUUUUUGAGGGGCAAAAUAAAAUGCUCUUAAAAUUU